UAUAUUUUUAUACUGUAUAUUUGUAUUUAUUUAUUAUGAUUUUAUUAUGACUGAUUUACAGACAGUAGGUUUUUUUAUGUAUUAUGACAAACACCAUUGACAGGCAAAGUUGUGGUUUAGUGGUAAUUCACGUGUUUCCUGAUUGUGACUGAUUCUCAGAAUUUUGAGUUUGAUUUUCAGUUCAGAAUAUGUUUGCGUGUCAAAACACUGACACCACUUCCUAAUCAAAUUGUUAUUUAUCAUAAAUGCAAACUGCCUUCAAAUAAUUUAUGAUUUAUUCCCAUUGAUUAUGGUGCUGUACAGGAGACAUUUCUUGUAUCUCACAUCCUCUGCUCUUCAUCUACACUAAAUUGCCACUAGAUGAGGCUGUGCAGUGGUGAUUUGUUUGCCUUGCAACUCAUACCAGGCUGAGGCAAGCCAUCUCAGAGCAAUUAUCUUCAUAAGAACAUAUUGCUUCUAUUAUUAUUUCACUAGCAGAGUGUGAAUUGUAACCAUCCCAUUUACAAUGUUCAAUUUUUCACACUUAUUACCACCUGCAUGUUUACUUUAUUGUGAUACAGUGACAUUACAGUUCCCAUCCAUGACCCCUGGAUGUAUAACAAGCCCAACAAGCAGAAUACAACAGCCAGUGGAAAACAAUGGAAGUGAAUGCAUUUGCCACCCAUCAAUCUCUUCAGGUUUCACAAAGGACCUGGAGUACCUGAACAGCUCGUGUGACAAGUGCUGCUGUCCUGCUCCGGCGCCCAUGAUCAGCGACCUGAUGAACGACGGUGACCUGCUGCAGCGGCUGCAGCAGAAGCUGGACCCGGCCCACUGCACGGUCAAGAACUGGAAAAACUUUGCCAGCCGCUGGGGCAUGAGCUACGACGAGCUGACACUGCUGGAGCACCGCACACAGGGCUCGCCACAGCACAGCCCCACGCAGGAGUUCCUGCUGCGCAACAACCAGAAGAGCGUGCGCGAGCUCACUGAACUCUGCCGCUUGUACCAGCGCAUCGACGUGCUGCGCCUGCUGCAGCGCUGGAUGGAGAACGACUGGCCCUCGCGCUGGCAGCACGCCCACUAGUCAGCGGUCGGCGUUAGGGACGGACGGACCCGUGGCCCUGGCUGACGGAUGAUGUAAAACGUCAGAAUGUGACUUUUGUUUACUUUUUUUGGAAUCAGUCUUGAAGGACUGAUGCCGCCUCUUCAAGUACAAUUUUCUCUGAUGGAUCCACAUAGCUACACUGAGUUUAUGUUUGUUAUUGUUAUUAAUGCUCAUCUUUGACUGAUUGCUAAGGGAAGUUUGGAAAAGCGUACCUGACUCUUGUAGAGUUUUAAUCAGGAUAGGGAUUGUUUGGGGCCUGUGUUGAGCGCCUUGCUCAGACUCUGCUGAUUUCAUUCUGAAGAGAAAUGCACAAUUUUCCAUAUGGCAUAUAAUGAGGUGUCUUAACAAUGAAAUAUGAGAUUGAAUAAGUCAUUGUCAUGGUAUAGUGUUCUUAUUGAUCUCUAAAACCUAAAUCUAAUCUAAUCUGAUGGAUAGAAAAUAUUAUCUGCUUUUACCCAAUAACCCAUUAGUAGUCAUACUUAUUGAACUACUAUCCCAAUAUUCUAAUAAUCUUAACUAUUCUACAUGGAAUUCUCAAGAAUAUACUUCUUAGGGGGAUGGCAGAUGAGUUAAAGACAAUGACAUUUUCUCACACUGUAGAUUACUACAAGCAAUGCGUUUAAUGUAUUUUUGUGGUCUUUGAGGGGAACAGAAAAAACAGUUGACUGUAAACACACCUGAAAUGGGAGACAGAUGGGAGCAUAAUAAUUCAUACAGACUAUUUAAGCAGACAGCCUUGUUUCAAUGCUAAAAAGUGGUCACAUGAGAAAUAGUUUAUGGAUUUGACUGUGAAAUAUUAAGUUGUAAAAAAACUAUUCAUACCAUAAUGAUAAGUGCACAGUCUUUAGUCCCUGAGACACUAGCCGAGAAUUUGUAAGGAACGGUGAGAAGGAUCUGACUCAGAAAAUUGUUGUAACCUACUGUAAAUAUGAUUAAAACAGCCUUGAAACAUCAAAAAAGCUAUUAACCGAACAAAAGCUAUUAACCGUUGACAUUAUGUAGGACCACACUUGUUUUAGGUGUAAAGCUAAACUUCAAUCUGUUCAUCUCCUCUGUGAGGAGUAAGUUAAUUUGGCUUCCAGUCUUAAGUUUCUCAACUGUGUGUACCACACUACUGUCCGAAAUGUCCUGAUGUUCCUAAGUUGACAGUUUACAAUACUGCUCUCUCUCUACAGCCUUGAAUUGAUAUUUUAGAACACCCAGCAAAUGUAGAGGUGCAUUUCACCUUGUGCGAAAGCUUGCUAUGUGUUUUCCAAAAUGUAUUGUCCUAUAAUUUUCAAUGGCUGUAAGUACCUGGCUAAAGUGUUGGUGAAAUCCGUUCAAAGUGGCUUCUGUUCUUACAUUUAUUUUAAUGCAUUGGUUGCAUAAUUGCAUGGGGUGUGUGGUGCAAUGUUGUCAUUUCUGCUGUAUUUAGUUUUUCUAGUUUUCCAGUAAUAAAUAUGAUUACACACUUGAAA